AUGGCCACUUCGGCAGUCGUGGUUACUUUGGUUUUCUCGGCGUCUGCCGAUGGCCUUGCUGUUGGGCAUGAGGUAGAUGGUGAGGGUGGUGUUUACGUUGAACCUGCUCCAAUAUUACCAUUUGAAAAGAGGAGUACACAGGAACAAGACCCGUGUACUUACUUUACUCAGAACUACGGACGUACAACGGGCAUGGAUUGGAGAAAAUGUAUCCUGGCGGUUCCCUUCAACGAGCCUUUCGGUCGACAGAUAAUCAGUGCUUUCCGAGUUAUUUUUGAUCUCGAGUCGUCAACCGGAUAUCAUGAAAUCCCACCGCCGGAACUAGAACUUCCCCCGUUUAGCCUCAACGCUACGCUCGACAUGAUGGAGGCAAAGGUCAAUAGCAGAGCAUACCGAAACCAUUGGUCAUUCGAGUACGACCUCAUGGUACUCUUCAAUAGAUAUCGCGACGGACACACAUCACUUAACACGAUGUGUAUGCAUGGAUACUACUGGGUCCACGCUUACCCCAUCGUUCUAUUUGAGGAGGAAGUGAAAGGCAAGAAAGUGUGGGAGGCGUGGACCGUUAAGAAAGACUGGAACAUGAAGAACUGGCAGGCAGCCAAGCUGGGGGACAAGAUUGUCAUGAUCAACGACCAGCCAGCCCUGGAGUAGCUCGGGUCAAGCAGAUGGAGUUCACGGUUCCAACUGGGCUAUCCUGUGGGAUGUUUGCGAAGAGGCAGAUGUGGAAUGGAGAGGAGUUGUCAAUCCAGUGGGCGAACGGGACGAGGAGGAAUGUUGCUUGGACGGUCCAGUUUACGAGCCAGAUGGUUACGGACGGGAAGUUUAGGUUCAAUAAUGUGGAAAGUUUGGAAAAGCUCUGCUUCCUCAACACAACCGAGAUGGAGAAGAUGGUUGUGACACAAUCACCACCGGAGAUCCCGAAAAGAUCCGAAGUCACGAGAUUGGGAGAGAAGUUGGUAGAUAAAUCUGCGCCUGUGCUCGAGGGGCGAUCGAUAAGCAUUCAAAAGAGAUAAGAGACGGUUGUGGUAGAAAGACCCAGUGGUUAUCCGCCUGCCGGGGCUAGUGGUCCAGAGUUUGUCGUGGAGUCGUUCAUCCUACGAAGUGAUCCUGAGACGGCAAUUAUCCGUUUCGGUACGUUCAGGGAGCAAAACCGGGACAGGUUUAAAGAGUUCAGCAAAGAUUUCCAAACCUUUAUCAGGAAA